AUGACCAACACAUCGGCCGGUUGGCUACCCAUUGGGUUAACUGUAUUUAUUCUUCUGGCUACUUGGCUUGCAAAUUGCAUACUGUUGGGCGGUGCAUUGCAAACGGCUAGUAGCGGGCGUAUUGUUCCCGUCGCAUACUUUUUUGUUGGCUCACAGGCAAUCGCCGCUCUGCUCUACGUCACCUUAAAUCUACCUCCAGCCGCUGUGGGUCUCAUUUUCGGCUCAACUCACGUUCAGUCCCGAAUUCACGUGUUUUGUCUCUACUCGACCUACUUGGAUACGCUGUUCUGCAAUUUAACAUUCCUACAAACGUUCUUUUCCAGUUUGGACGCUUACCUCAGGUUGCGUAAUCCGACAUUCUACUUAACCUCCGCCAGAAGGCGGCCAGCAUUGUGGUUGAAAGUUGGCUCUCCCUGGCUCGUGGCUGGUUUGCAGGCUAUUGGUCAAUUGGCUCUGAGCGAUCGGGAUCAAGUCAGCUUGCAUUUUGCAUCGAUAAAAAGUGCGGAUGAUCAAGAAGAUGGUCAUUCGUGGGGUGUUCAAAGUCUGCAAACCACCUGUUUGCUUCCCGAUCCGAACUUUCUGAUCAUUCGAACAGCGAUUGCUUAUGCACUCCCUUUAAUUGUUUGUAUCAUUUUAGUUGGUUUGCAAUUACGAUGUUUGAGGGGUUUACGUAAUUAUUCCUACGAAUCGCUGCAAGCACUGCUUCAUGUUCGUUCUGGGGUGCAGAGUCUCCGUUCGGGUAGACGCACCACAUCUGUAAACAAUUCACUUUAUGCAAAACGUCAACACCAGUCCGCCUCCAUCCCCGUUACAUCCGCUUCCAGUGUGUUAUACAUACCCGAGCAAGCAAGUUUACGUGACCUUCGAUCGGAUCAUGUACGUUCGCCUGUGGCCCAUAGGACUUACGGCACCCAGCAAUUAUUAACCAAUUCUCUUCAUUUGGACCAUCAGUGUACUUUUGAAACACUGAUUCCGGACGGCACUUUAUCUACACAUCAUUUGCCCAGAGUGGAUAACUCACAACAACUGUUCGCUCCAUCGACACACGUGUCACAUGUACUACUGCCCACAAGCACUAUGCCUUUUUUCGAACUGCAUUCAAUUGACACAACCAACAUGGGCACUGACGUGAUUUAUGCCACAACUCAAGGUUCCAUUAUCAACUGUCCGGCCCAUGGCCCCAUCAGUAUGACAAUGACAGACCAGGCAACAAGUCCAACAAACUUUGCACAAGGAACUAUGUGUUCUAGUCAACUGUCCGACCCAGAAGUUGGUACUCAUUCACCAGAAGAACUGAAGUCGAACGAUCCGAUGGACGUAAAACAGACAUCCAAUAGGGAAAUAGAAUUACAGAUUCAAAAUGUUGAGAGAAAUACAGAGCGAGAAAAUUCGGAACCGAAGGUGACGGAACCGACGCUGUUGAGAGGAAAUUCAAUCGUGAAAUCCACUUCCUCUUAUAGCAUGCCCCCUUUGUGUACCCCCGGUUCACCCCGGCAAAACUGUGUUUUAACAUCUGAAUCAGAACCAACCCUACAACCAUCCUUGUGUCCGCCGACGACAGUGCACGAACAGAACGACUACUUGGGGGCAACCGCACCACUCUGGCUACGUGCAUACAAAGGUGAGCAACUGGCCGUGGCUAUCAAUUUGGUCAGCUGUAUUAUAGCUGUAGGCACAUGGUCCCCAUUCAUUUUGUCCACAUUGGCUCACGGAUUAUGCCAGCCAUUGAAAUUUCCAGUACUCGGUCAUUCAAAUCGUGCACGUCCAGUUUACACAAUGCAUCCAGCUCUGUUGAAUCUACCUCAGAGCACACAACCACCCAGUCGUUGUAUGAUACAAACCUCCGAGACUAUGGAUCAUUUUGGUUUGGAACGUAUACAUUUGUCGUCCAACAUUCUCGAUCUCAACGUGGUUGAAAAAUCUAUUUUCUGUGCUCAGGAAAUUAUAGUAUAA